ACCACAAUAACAGGAGAGAGAGAGAGAGAGAGAGAGAGAGAGAGAGAGAGAUGCUCUUUUCGUAGCUUUUGCUCCUCGGUGAAUAAGACACAGAUGAGGUGAUCAUGACUGAAAGGGAUCAUCACUUUUCCCUCUCCUUCCCAUUGUCUCUUCAACGCUUCAUUAGAAAACAAAAGCCACACAACACUUUCACUCUCUCCUCAAGUCUCCUCAUAAAAUUAACACCCUAAAUAGACUCAAAAAAAAAAAAAAAAACAUGGAUUCUGAAGCAGCACAGUCAGAGUCAAUCUCCACACUAAAACUGCCCUUGUUUUCCAUUUCUUCAAUUAACAUGGCUUCGCCAGAGCAUCCCGGGAUGUUGACGCCGCCAUUACAGACCUCACUUUCCGUCCCAUUCCGCUGGGAAGAAGAGCCUGGAAAGCCAAGGCCUUGUUUGGCUCUCACAACACUCUCGACAACUCAUGACGACAUGGCUCCAAAGUGCUUGGAACUUCCUCCGAGGAUGUUGCUGUCGGUGUCGGAGACCAAACUGCCCUCCCCCACAACAGUCUUGGAAGGCCCUUAUGUGGGCAGGCAGAGAUUUCGGUCCUCUUCGUUUAGAAUGGGCAGUGAGAGAUUUCAGUCCUCUUCGUUUAGAAUGGGCAGUGAGUGUUAUGGCCGCUCGUUCAGUCCCGAAAGAGAGAGAGGGUCGCUUGCUGCAAUGGUCCUCAGCAAGAGGGGCUUUAAGGUAAAAUCCUGGUUUGGUUCUUGGAGGAGAAGGGUAUUUUUGAAAGGGAAUAAGGAGGCUUCUGGGGGUAGUUAUGUCUUUCCAUCUUCUGUUGAUAGAGAGAGUGAUGAGAGUAGCGGUGGAGACGUGAAGAAGAUGACCAAGAUUAGAAGGGGUGCAAGUUUUUCUAGUCUCACUAUCCAUCCUAGGUCCCACUUCUGGGCAACAAUUUGUGAGGGCUUGAAGCAGGCGGUUCCAUGGAAGAACAAGAAAUUGAAGAGAGGAAUGUGAUAAAACGAAUCUUUUCUGAGCAUUAACAGUAAUCUCCUUAUCAAAUUAUCAGACACUCAAACACGUCGUCCUAUAAUGUUUCCUGCAAUGUGAAGAUGACAUAUUAUCGUUUGAUGUCUCUAGUGUGUCACUUGUUGUCUUCCUCUUCAGUUGUGUCCUUCAACCUUAAAACGUGGCUUAUUCUCUGCAAUCUUUCUUUUAAAUAUGUAAAUUAAUUGACUCUGUAAUCAAUUUCGCAGUAUAGCAGGAUAUAGAUCUAUAUUGCUACAA